AUUUUAUGCGGUAUCAUGUAAACAUUUGUGCUAGCAUUAAGGGCUCAUGCAAAUAGAUGUACAAACACACAUAUGGGUGCAGGGGCGGACUGACAACUCAUGGGGCCUCCGGGCAAUAGGGGAUCAUAGGGCCCCUGUGUCCUUGCCCAAACUCAAAAAAGCCUAUGAAAAAGGUACCAGGGGCAUCUCAUGGAGCCCUCUACUGACCCUGGGCCCUGGGCAGUGCCUGAGUUUCCAAAUGGUCAGUCCGCCCCUGGCUCCAGGGAAAUCC